AUUCAAUAUCGCUAGACCGCAUCUCGGCAGACAGCAUCAUAUCCCACGUACGUCAGCCCAGAGCUGCCCCUGCUGUAGGCCAGAGCAGCAGCUCUGCUGCAGGACCUUCUCCUCUGAGAGCCACGCAUCCACUGCCCCGCAUGCUCUCUGCUGACCUACACUCUGCGCUGGAUAUUUGCAAGAAUAUAAAUCAGCGCGAAGGCAGCGCGCACUCGGAUUAUUUUUCUUUGGCCGAAGAAUCCUUGCACCAAGACGAACCAAGUUCGGAAUGUCAGCCUGUCAUUCCUAAACCACAAAACUCUGCUCCAACGGACACUUCAACUGGAAAAUAUUUUGGUGUUUCGUCCGACUCUUCAAAGGAGGCUUUGAAAUAUCGCUACUCAAACUCAGAAAAAGGCUUAACAAAUUUCCCGUCAGUAGAUGGUACAUAUUUGCAACAAGGUUCAAAAGCUGGUCUAUGUUUACAGACAGGCAAUAGUGUCUUCCCGGAUGCUGUAGGAGAUAAAUCUCUGUAUUCUACCUAUGAGAUAAAAUCAUCAAGAGCUUUGGUUUCCCCACCUCCACCUGUCUUGAAUGGACAUGCUACGUACACCAUUAAUCAAGCUAAUCCUCGCUCUGUGUCAAAUUCGGGUAAUUUUGACGGCAUGGGAACGUACACUAUCAGCAAAAAUUCUGUCGGUUCCAUUGCUUCCACUGAUUUAAACCUUGCACAAAUUUCCAAAAAUAGUCUCUCUGGGUCUUCAUCCGACAAAUCUAUGUCAAAUUUUACCAAUAUAAAAGUUUCAGAUGUUGAAAUACUAAACGGAAAAACAUACUCUCGUGUUCAUCCUGAAGAAAUGAAUGGUUUAGUAAAUGUUGACAACAAUGUGCAACAAAAUGCAACAGAUGGCGUCAUUCCCCCGGCCCCUUCAAAGUCUGAUGAUAGAACCAACUCGCCAAGGACCGCUAGUCCUGUACUUGACUUGCCAGGUGAAGAUGGUUGCUCCCGUACAGAACUGGACUAUAGAGAAGAAAAUACCCAUAAUGACGACCGCAGUUUCGGUAAUAAAUUACGAGGAAGCGCCUCGAUGAGUAACAUUCAAGCUUCUGCCGCUGCCGAGGCUCUGUCCGUCAUUGGAACAAAUCUUGAACGCCAGAAAUUUGUGCAACGACAGAAAAAUCAGGAAACUAGUGCUGACAAUCCAUUGUUGAUUUCCGACGGUGAUUACGUAUAUCAUCGAGAAGAUGCGAGCCAAAAUAAUACUAAUUUUACUCAGAAAUUGCGACCUUGGAUUCGAGGAUCCGCUGAUAAUAUUAAUAGUUUUAACUCGAAUGCACUUACAGGUCAAGCGAGGGAUUUGAAAUCUAAAGAUUCGUCACGUAUCUCGACCGAUUCACUUUUUCCUGCGAUGAGACAGCGACGAUAUUCCUUCAAUCAAAAGGACUCAAUAUCAAGCAUAAUUCGGAACAUAGAUGACGACCUACUCCUUAGUUCACUCAAGUCGGAGCACCCUAGAAGGACUUUAACCCAAAAUCAAUUGAAAAAUCCCUCGUCGUCUCCCUAUUCCAAUGGAUACACUGACACCGUUGCGCCGCCUUCGUCACCUGGUGGAAGGUUAUCUGUUACUCCUGCUUCUUAUGAACCUGGCCUCAACCGCAAAGACAUUGCAUCACCUCGGGGUUCGCCUCCAAAUAAUGCCAUCGGUUCUGAUAAUCACGGCUCUGAAUUAUCAAUUGUUGAUGGAAUGACUGUCAGUGCAGGGCCUAUUGCUGCUGGAAGACCGCUGCCGCAUAGCCAAUCAGAAACAAUAACUGCUGAAGGACGGAUGCCGGAUGGACAAUCUGAAGAAAAGUUGGUCCCGCAUUUAGACAGCGGCUGCAGUUCUCAAAGGGACCGUGCAAAUACUGCCGCUUCACCUUUGGGAAGUCACGGCCCUCUUGAUGAAAGGGUUAAUUUAUCAGGCUUAAGUGGCAGCGGGUUGGCGAAAUUUUAUCCAUCUUUGGACGGUAGUUACGCCAAAGACAGUUUAUUAUCUCGACUCCAAGGUAGCUCAUCCACAGGCCUCUUACCCUCAACACUCAGCAGAUCAAGUGACUUUACUCGUUCCCUCAGAAGCAAUUCACUCUUAAGUCAAAACUCCGCUAAAAGAAAACCGCUUAAAGCCAGCGAAUUUUCACCAACUGGGUCCGUGAUCGACGUAAAUCUUGUUUCACACGAGUUACGGCAAACGAAAGUUGCUGAUGUCCUCGCACAAAUUAAAGCCAGUAAACCAACCUGUGACAUGAACUACUACAACGUUCGCCAGAGCAUACAUCGGCAACAUAUGAAAGCAUUUACCAGAAACCAACAGCAAAUUCUGAGCAGUGAAAAGCCUAAAGAAGUUUCGUCGAGUAUAUCUACCGCUCGGACUGUGUCAACUUCAAGAAGCGUCAGGUCCCGCAGCGUUGAAAGCUCGAGACGUGUUCCAGACGACGGUACAAAGAAGCUCGGCCGAAACCAAGCCCUGGGUUCCAGCCAUACAAACCUGACCGACCGCCAACAGUCAACAGAUUCAAGAGAUCGCCAUGCAAAUAAAAAUUCUCGUAUUAAGAAAAAAGAAAUUGACAAUUCGUCUUCAUUUUCAAAGGCCGUCGUGCCUCCACUGCAGCUCAAUGGCGUAACACAAACAACAUUAGACGAGUCACGCAACAGAACCCGACACGACAGCUUGACAAGCAUCGAUAUUAACAGUGUUGGCUCAAGCUCAGUUCUUGGGAACGUAAAAAUUCCUCUUGACCUGCAGUCAAAUUUCUCUGAAGUUACUUCAGUGGAGGCAAAUCAAAAGCCUGCAGCUGCCGCGCAUACAACGGAGAAUGGAAUGAUUGCUUCCAUGGACCAGCCGCUGGACUGCAUUGCUGAAGUAUCUUCCGAGUCUGGCACGCAGAGGAGCUGUGGAGGCUCUGUUGACCCAGGGGCAAAACAGGCGCCGGGCGAUGACGAUUACGCGACCUCAACUCCACGGCCCCAACCCCAACAAGAGUUUAAUCCUGCACCACAUAAUNGCCUGUAUCAACAGCCUCUAUAG